AAGUGUAAGACAAACUAUUCAACCUGUAGCUCUGGAAAGGACAGUACAUCCCACGCAGUGGAAAGAGUGUAUCACUACGACUAUCGUCAUCUUGUCUGCGUUCUCUCUGGCACUAUGAAAACGCACACAUGUGAAGGAGGAACCCGCUGAGGACGAAUUUAUCUGGGAACAAACUUUUGGAAUUUCCUGCAACUUUGGGACCUUUGCCAAUUCUUAAGUUAAUCUUGUCCGUAGGCUGUCAGUUGUCUUAAUACUUCAACGUCAGACAGAAUGUAUUUCCACAAUCGGGUCCUUUUUGUGUUUUUGUAUUCCCACGCGCUACUGAUGAUGAUGUGCCUGCCACCAGCCUCAGCGCAGAAGUCCAGUGGUCCCCGGUGGCUUAUAGGGGAAAGAGAGAGCCCAUGUUCCCCUGCAUGCUCCAGGAGUCACGGCAAGCCUGUGUGUGGGUCAGACGGACGCAGUUAUGAUACCAACUGUGACCUGGAGAGGGCGAAAUGCAAGGACCGCACUCUCACCCUCGCCCACAGGGGCCGAUGCAAAGAAGCAGGCCAGACGAAAUGUCGGACUGAGAGGAUUCAGGCUCUGGAACAAGCCAAGAGGCCACAGGAAUCCAUUUUUAUCCCAGAAUGCAACGACGACGGAACAUUUGCCCAGGUCCAGUGUCACACUCUCACAGGAUACUGCUGGUGCGUGACCACAGAUGGCAAGCCAGUCAGCGGUUCCUCUGUCCAGAACAAAACGCCAGUGUGUUCAGGGUCAGUAACCGAUAAGCCACCGGGACCUCCAAGCUCCGGCAGAAAAGAUGAUGGCUCCAAGCCCACACCAACCAUGGAGACGCAUGUCGUCCCAGAAGGUGAGGAGAUUACAGCUCCAACAUUGUGGAUUAAGCAGCUGGUGUACAAAGAGAACAAACAGAACAGUUCAAACAGUAGGAAGCCAGAGAAAGUUCCCUCUUGUGACCAGGAGAGGCAGACGGCCCAGGAUGAGGCUCGGCAGAAUCCGCGGGAAGCCAUCUUCAUCCCUGACUGCGGCCUGCAGGGACUCUACAAGCCGGUCCAGUGCCACCAGUCCACUGGUUACUGCUGGUGUGUGCUGGUGGACACUGGGAGACCCAUACCUGGAACUUCUGCAAGGUAUAAAAAACCAGAAUGUGACAGUGCGGCUCGUUCUCGAGACUCAGAGAUGGAAGAUCCUUUUAGAGACAGGGAUCUGACAGGGUGUCCAGAGGGAAAGAAAGUGGAAUUCAUAACCAGCCUGUUGGAUGCCCUUACUACUGACAUGGUGCAAGCUAUCAACUCACCAACCCCCUCUGGUGGCGGGAGGUUUGUUGAGCCUGACCCAAGCCACACACUGGAGGAACGGGUGGUUCAUUGGUACUUUGCCCAGCUGGAUAAUAAUGGCAGUCACGAUAUCAACAAGAAGGAGAUGAAGCCCUUCAAGCGCUACGUGAAGAAGAAAGCCAAACCCAAGCGAUGCGCCCGCAAGUUCACCGACUACUGCGACCUUAACAAGGACAAGACCAUCUCCCUUCAAGAACUCAAAGGAUGCCUAGGAGUCAAUAAAGAGGGUAGCACUACAAGCAGCAGCAGUCAGGGGACAAGUAGGUCGUCUGGUCUGAAGACAGAAAGUUCCAGAAGAUGAGGCAGUAGGACGAAGCACAGUGGGAAGGCAUCUGUUCACUGCUGGAAGAGUUCAACGAAGGAUUCUGAGAAAUUAUUAAGAGGUUCCUCAAGAAAAAAAAAAUGAUGAAAAUGAUAUCAUGGAGCCAAAAUAUUUGCACUUUCUCCUCCCAUUGUUAGGCAUUUUAUAAUGUCAUUUGUUUGUGUUGUAAACGUUUUAUUAAUAUGACUUAAAGAUUGACAACUUAUGUCAGAGAACACAGACUGUAAGUGUUGAACAAUUAUCUGCUACCGUCCACAUUUUCAGCACAUCCACACUCACUGCUAAUCCAGACAGUAUUAUGUAGUUGUUUUUGAAUUAGUCAUUUUUAAAUGUCAAUUCAAAAAUAGAAAAAAAGCAAGCAUUCUAUUUUGGAAAUAAGCUUGUCUUUUAAAUGUCUUCUGUUUUCUGUUGUUUUUGAAAAUGUCCAUUCAACCAAUAUGUUUGCUUCUUUGUUCACCUUGGCAACGGAACUAAUGGAGCAUUAGUGAAAAAGAAAUGGAGUGAAAUCUUUUCUGUCAACAAACAUUAGCUACGGUCUCUCAGUCUUGCACCUCAGGACACUAGUAAUGUACACCCAAACAUCGCCUGAGAAUUAGCAGUAAGUUCUACAUGGUUUGCUCAGAAGUCAAGAGGUCAAAAACACUAUCACGCAAAAUUAGUUUAGUAAAUGUCACGAAACACUUAGCUUAGCUUUGCUUUCUUCAAAUGGAUUAUUCUGUAAGUAUGGUGUGUCUCACAUACUGAGCAACUGGUGUUGCUUUUUCACAAUGUUUUAUCAAAUCUUGAACAUUACAGUACAUGCAACAUUAGAUAGUACAGGGGUUUCCAAUUGCUAUAGACUGAUAAAUGCACGCAACUGGCCUAGUUUAGGAUCCAUAUUUAUAAUAUCCUUUCAUAAGAAAUACUUGAGUGUAACAUUUUUCCAUAUAUCAGUUCUUGGCAUACACUAAUAGACAAUAGUAAUACAAUUUUUUUUUUUUUUUACAUGUUCCAUGGUAUUCUUUGAAGUACUUAGGAGUGACAUGUAAAUACCAUGGAAAAUUACAAUGUAAUCAUUCAGUACCACUGUAUUUUUUUUCCAGUUUUGUUUUGUUUUUUCGCAUUUUCUUCUCUGGCUAGAAGAGGAUUUUCUAAAUCAGGAGGUUCAUGUAGGUCUUACUAUAAAUGGAGUGUGUUCGAAAGCAUUUUUUUUCUCAGCCAAUGUAAUCAGUUGUGUAGUAGUUAUGUUGCAGCAACGAAUACGAGAAAAGGGUAAUUGUUUUUAAAAAAAGAAA